AUUUCUGCCCAAUGCGCGCGCUCUGAUGUGACAUAAUGGAACGUGCGAGCCUAGAAAAGCUCGAGGCGGUGCACGCGGGCGUGCAUUACACUCAGAACCCGCUCGAGAGCAGAAGAUCGCCAGCGGUUUCAGUAUUAGAAUUACUGAAAAUAUUAAUUUAACAAGAGAUAUUUUACACUACGGUUUAUUUCUGUGAGGUUAUGGGCAGGGCGCCGCUCUGAGGGAGUGUCGAGCAGCACGACUUUUCUCAUUUUUUACCCACGGAAAUAAUGAUGAAGAAGGAUAUUAAUUUGAGUCUGGCGGAAGACGCGAACCUCAAACCGCAUCUCCGCGACGCCGAGAGCAUCCUCAGCUCCCCGGACCUGGGGCUGCUCAAGCUAGCCUCUCCGGAGCUGGAGAGACUAAUCAUCCAGUCCAACGGCAUGGUCACCACGACGCCGACCAGCUCCCAGUUCCUCUACCCGAAGACGGUAACGGACGAGCAGGAGUUCGCCGAGGGCUUCGUGAAGGCGCUGGAGGACCUGCACAAGCAGAACCAGCUGAACGGAGAAGGGCAGACGAACGGCAGCCUGGAUCUGGGCGCCAACAUCGCCCCGGUCACCGUCCAACCGGAUCUACCGGUGUACACGAACCUGAACAGUUUCGGCACCGGGCCGCUGGGAACCACCGUCAACUACUCCACGGACACAGUCCCUUUCCCGCCUCCUCCAUCACAUCAUCUGGGGGCAGCCCCGCCGCAGUCGGAGCUCUCUCGGGUCCAGCCGCUGAAGGAGGAGCCUCAGACGGUCCCCGACGUUCAGAGCUUCGGCGAGAGCCCGCCGCUGUCCCCCGUCGACAUGGACACGCAGGAGCGCAUCAAAGCCGAGAGGAAGAGGCUCAGGAACCGGAUCGCGGCUUCCAAGUGUCGGAGGCGCAAACUGGAGCGGAUCUCUAGGCUGGAGGACAAGGUCAAAACGCUGAAAAGUCAGAACACCGACCUGGCCUCGACGGCUAGCCUGCUAAGGGAGCAAGUGGCCCAGCUGAAACAGAAAGUCCUCACCCACGUUAACAGCGGCUGCCAGCUGCUGCCACACGAAGUUCAAGUGCACUAGUCAGAGGGACAGACCUGCCAUUGGGGCUACGGACCAGCAUAUAAGCUUCAUGGACUUUGUUAAUGUUAUUUUUUUUUCUGUAUGUAGCGUAGCCCAGAUGUGUGCCGCUCUCGGUUGGACGAAUGCCAGGCCACGUAGGCCAAAUUGUAUGUUAAUAAUUGUCUGUUUUAAAAUGCUUUGAACAUCGGUAAAAUGUAAACAUCUGUGGUAGAACAUAAUAUAAGAUAAUGGUUAAUGAGACCCUUCCGCAAUAAUCGGCAAAUAAUUUGGAGAAGUUUUAUUUCUUAUUUCUAAAAUCCACAUGGCUCCACUGUAGCCUCCGCCCAGGUGAAGGCAGCAAAUCAGUAUUAAUCACUGAAUUUGUCAGUAAACAGUCGCCUAUUGGUUUAUUGGAUGUAUGCCGAAAUAAAGAGCGUUUACCUUUGAUAUGUUCAAUGUAUAAAAUCCAGUUCUACCUCGUGUCUGUGUUUACUGGUGAACAAGGCAGCUUUGAACUACCAUUUUUUUCAAUGGAAUUUGGCCCUAGGCUUCAUUGAUGAUGAAAAAAGGCACUUAUUGGGGGCUACAUGCUCAACUUCGAGUACAGACGGCACACAUAUAGAUUUUUUCUUGCAAAUGUUUACAGACUGGCAUUGUCUACACAGUCUCAAACCUGGACCAAACAGAUGUACAAUGUUUUUUACAAGAAUAUGCAUAUUUAUGACACAGAUAUCCUUAACGUACCAGGAAUUGGCUUUAAGAAAAAUGCAUAUACACCCAUAUUUGAUAUGAUAAGCGAUAAUCUGUAUAUUUAACCUAUUUAUCAUAUGUUUCUGUAGGGAACAAUUUGCAUGUUGUUGACAAACUCGAAUGUUGCCCACAGCUGGGUGUCACAGGGCGCAGUUAAUCAGUGUUUAUUAUCUUUAACCUUUACAAACACUUGUAUUUAUCUAUUUUUUACUCCACUGUGUCCCUAUUUCAGUGUGUUCCCAUUUUAAAUGUGAAGAGUCGUAACCUUUUUGUUGCACUGACUGUUGCUGUCACCUCUAGCCUACAGUUAUUUGGCUUCAUGCCGCUGUGUUCUGAAUUAAAUGCUGCUCGGCAAUAAACACUGUUUCCUCUAA